CCCGGAAAGGAGUGCCGGAGUCAUCAUGCUGCAGCGGCUCCUGAUCACCCUGCCCACCGAGGCCAGCACCUGGGUGAAGUUGCACCAUCCGAAGAAGGCCAAGGAGGCGGUGCCCCUGUGGGAGGGGGUGACUAAGAUGUUUGAAGGAGAAGCUCUGCUGUCUCAGGAUGCUGAUGAGACUCAGGGAGAACGUUUCGAGGAUGACGUGGCCUCUGGGCCCUCAACAGCAGAAUUCCAGGAACUGUUGACCUUCAAGGACAUAUCUGUGGACUUCACCCAGGAGGAGUGGGGGCAGCUGGCCCCUGCUCACCGGACUCUGUACCGGGAGGUGAUGCUGGAGAACUAUGGGAACCUGGUCUCAGUGGGAUAUCAGCUUUCCAAACCUGGUGUGAUUUCCCAGCUAGAGAAAGGAGAAGAACCAUGGCUGAUCGAGAGAGAGAUUUCAGAAGGUCCAACUUCAGACUUGGAGAGUAAAACAGAAACCAAAGAGUCACCCUUAAAGAAUGACAUGUCAUGGGAAGAAUUACACCAUGGCCUGAUGAUGGCAAGGUCCACAAGAGGAAGCGUGUUGUAUUCUCCAUUGGGAAGAGUCUCAACAUGUGAUAAGUUAAAAAGCCACCAGGAAAAUCAAGGAAUGGGUGAAGGGCAGAUCCCCUUGACCCACAAGAACACACCCACUCAGGAGAGAGACCGAGAAGCUAACAGAUUUGAGAGAAGUAUUAAUGUGAGCUCAGAAGUUAUUCCAGGACCAGUAGGUCCUCCAAGAAAAAGAAACCAUGAAUAUGACGUAUCUGGAAAGAGAAGUAGAUACAAUUUAGAUUUAAUUAAUCAUUCAAAGAGUCAUACAAGAAUGAAAACCUUUGAAUGUAAUAUUUGUGAAAAAAUCUUCAAACAGCUCAUUCACCUUACAGAACACAUGAGAAUUCAUACUGGAGAGAAACCCUUCAGAUGUAAAGAAUGUGGAAAAGCCUUUAGCCAAAGUUCAUCCCUUAUUCCACAUCAGAGAAUCCAUACUGGCGAGAAACCCUAUGAAUGUAAGGAAUGUGGGAAAACUUUCAGACAUCCGUCAUCUCUUACUCAACAUGUUAGAAUUCAUACUGGGGAGAAGCCCUAUGAAUGUGGUGUAUGUGAGAAAGCAUUCAGCCAGAGCAUUGGGCUGAUCCAGCAUUUGAGAACUCACGUUAGAGAGAAACCUUUUACAUGCAAAGACUGUGGAAAAGCAUUUUUCCAGAUUAGACACCUUAGGCAACAUGAAAUUAUUCACACUGGUGUGAAACCUUAUAUUUGUAAGGUAUGCAGUAAAACCUUCAGCCAUAGCACGUACCUAACUCAACACCAGAGAACUCAUACUGGGGAAAGACCAUAUAAAUGUAAGGAAUGUGGGAAAGCCUUCAGCCAGAGAAUACAUCUUUCUAUCCAUCAGAGAGUCCACACUGGAGUGAAACCUUAUGAAUGCAGUCAUUGUGGGAAAGCCUUUAGGCAUGAUUCAUCCUUUGCUAAACAUCAGAGAAUUCAUACUGGAGAAAAACCUUAUGACUGUAAUGAAUGUGGAAAAGCCUUCAGCUGCAGUUCAUCACUUAUUAGACAUUGCAAAACACAUUUAAGAAAUACCUUUAGCAAUGAUAUGUGA